UAGGUUUUUCUAUUGAAUUUUUCUGUUAGUAGCCAUGAGUUGUUGCUGGCCGAAAAGAAAGCCUGGUGGUUCCCAUGACACUGGGAAAAAGCUAUCAGCAGAUUCUCCUGUUGAAGCUGAUCCAAAGCCAUCAACAGAUUCUCCUGUUGUUGAUCUACAGCAAAAGUUGGAAGAGGUUUUGAGAAGCUUCCGAGACCUAGUGGACACUACAAACCAGACGGAUGCCUUCAUUCAUGCCAUUGAAGAACACCUCAAAGGAGCGACCGCUCAAAAGAAUGCCUCGGAUACUUCAACCGCAAGUUCUUCUAAUACAGACAAGUUGUCAAACUGGGAUUCCUUUAUUCAGAGCGGGUCCAAAUUUCUAAAAUUUGUCAGCGAUCAUGAAGAAAAAUCUGACAUUAAUGUUAAGGGUGACUUUUUUCAGUCGGGAGGAGGAACAAAAAUUGUAGGAGAUGUGCUUCAGGAAAUUGGGCACCUGCAUUGGGCAGUUGCAGCGCUUUCUGUCCUGGGAUAUCUAGUAUCAAAAUGUCAUCAAGUGUCCCAGAACCGCGCUGAAUAUGUAGACCUCUUGAAAGACAUGUGUAAUCUUGUACAUCAUAUCAAGAGCUUCUUAAAAUCAUCAAUAAACGCCAGCGUUGUGAGCGAGAUUCACUCCAAAAUAAGUUACCUUCAUCAGGAUCUGCAGACGACUGCUUUAACAGAAAUUGUGGCGAAUCAGUCAGUUGCUCUUCCUCUACCAGAUCCACGCUUUCCAAAGGACACAGUUGGAAUCAAUGAACAAUUAGAAGCAGUAUCUAAGUUGCUCAUCAUGGAAGAAAUUGAAGAUUGCUCAUCUAGGGCCGUUGUUAUUUGGGGGUUUGGUGGCAUUGGAAAAACAACUCUUGCACAAGCUGUUGUCUCCACAGUAGAUAGAAAGCGUUACAAGUACGCCAGAAUUUUAUUGGACGAGGAUUCCAAAAAUAAUAACUAUGAAGAAAUGCAAGAGAAUAUUUUGAAAGAUGCCUUUCCAACCUAUAGGGGUGGACGGGAAAUUAAACUCAGAGAUGAUUCAGAUGGUAGGGACAAGUUAACAGAGGCAUUUCAAAGUGCAGCAAAUGAGCCUGUGUUUCUGUUUAUCGAUAAUGUUCUGCUUGCACAAGAUUUGAGCAAAAUUCUGCCCGAAGAUUUGGAAGGCCUUCCCAAGCGUAGCAGAAUACUUAUUACAGCUAGAAACAAGGGCGUCACAGAUGUCCUUGUGGAACGUGGCCUUGAGCGCAAGGACUAUCCUGUCAAAACUCUUGCUGACAAUCAUGCAGCGGAAAUUUUGUGCAAGGACCCUGAAAUUCGUGAUCGUAUGAAGGAUGAUCUAGACAAGAUUGUCAAAGUCUGCCUAGGGAUUCCGUUGGUUCUGAAAAUUGUUGGUGCUCAUCUGCGCAAGCAGGAAUACAAAGCAGAGCGUUGUACACUGAUACUAGAAGCUUUCAAGAAAGGAGAGAAGAUCAAAGAAGAUGAGCUCAGCAACCAUUUGUUUCAUUUUGUGUACGACAAGUUGGAGGAGUCCACACAAGAAGCAUUUUUAGAUAUCUGCUGCUUCUUUCAUAACAGUCGGGCUGCUUCUACUGCAGAGCAUAUUGUGGGGGCUGAUCGACUCAUGUUUCUUCAAGAGGCAGCAUUUUUAGAUAUCGACACGAAGGACGAUGCGUUAUCAGUUCAUGAUAUUAUCCGAUCAAUAGGGCGGAGUUUGUCAAAUUCCAGCAGAAUUUUUGAUCUUAACUCUUGGCGUGAAGCUGAAAAAGAUGAGGCCAAACUCAAAGGAAUCAAAGGACUUGUGCUCCCAGCUAAUGAUUGCAAACUAGAGAAAAGGCAUCUUAAUUUGAUGAAGAACACAUUAAGAAUUCUGGAAUGGAAAGGCAGAAUAGAUGUUGACGAGUCAGAGGCAGUGGCAUUACCAGAGUUAACAUAUAUGUAUGUACUUGGUGAUAUUUCCUGGGUGAAUGUAGAAACACUUGAUAAAUUGGCUGUGUUGAAGUUGGAGAAGCUUCCCACUAAGCUCACAGGUCCUCUCAAGUUACCAAAACGUUUAAAGAAAAUAACAGUCACGAAACAGCCAGAUGAAAUGGGGAACUUAUUAAAGACAGUGCUAAGUUCCUCCUUGCACAUGUUAAUUCUAUUAUUUUCAGAAGCAAGCAACUCCUCUAGCCAAAGUGAAGAUUACGGUGAAAAUGCAGAUAACAGUGAAGUGGAAAGUAACAGCAAAAUGGUAUUUAAUAGCUUCCUUCAAGGGUUAAACGAGUUGCACAUCCUGAAAGUGGACAAUUGCGAGUCUUUGUACGAGCUUCCUGAGCAAGUGUGUCGAUUACAGAAGCUGACAGAACUCAUAUUGGUCGAUUGUACUAACAUGAAGAGUAUUCCAGAUUUGAUUCGGCAAAUGACAACUCUAACAUUGAAAGAAUUGCCCUCUACCUUUGGUCAACUUACAGUCCUAACAGUGUUAGACUUGUCUUAUUGUAAAGGAUUGCAAGAAUUGCCUUUUAGCUUUGGCCAACUUCAAGCUCUAACAGAUUUGAACUUAUUCGAUUGUGAAAGAUUGAAAGAGUUGCCUUCUACCUUUGGUCAACUUACAGCCCUAACAGAAUUGAACUUGUCUAAUUGUGAAAGAUUGAAAGAAUUGCCCUCUACCUUUGGUCAACUUACAGCCCUUACAUGGUUAGACUUGUCUCAUUGUAAAGGAUUACGAGAAUUGCCUUUUAGCUUUGGCCAACUUAAAGCUCUAACAGAGUUGAACUUGUCCUAUUGUGAAAGAUUGAAAGAGUUGCCUUCCACCUUUGGCCAACUUAAAGCUCUAAAACAGUUGGACUUGUUUAAUUGUAAAGAUUUAGAAAAUUUAGCUUCUACCUUUGGCCAACUUAUAGCUCUAACAGAGUUGGACUUAUCCAAGUGUAAAAUAUUGCAAGAGUUGCCUUCUACUUUUUGCCAACUUAUAGCUCUAACAGAAUUGAACUUGUCCAAUUGUAAGAUAUUGAAAGAAUUACCUUUUACUUUUGGUCAACUUACAGCUCUAACACAGUUGAACUUAUCCCAUUGCGAAAGAUUAAAAGAAUUACCUUUCACCUUUGGACAGCUUAAAAAUUUACAGAGCUUAUAUAUAAAUUUUUGCAAAAGACUUGAGAAAUUACCUUCCACCUUUGGUCAACUUGGAGCUCUGCAGAAUCUACAUAUGAUGUCUUGUAAAAGGCUCGAGGAAUUACUUGCUAGUUUUGAAAAACUCAGAUCUCUUAAAUAUAUAGAUCUAAAAUCUUGCGAUAAUUUAGAGUCAGACAUUUGUCUGAUUAAUGGAGACAUAACAAUUGUAAGGAAAAGUGAGCAUCUUUGUGUUGACUGUCAGGAGGGCAAAAGAUUAAAAAUUGUCAAAAGCUACUGGGAUAGUCUAAUAUUCUCGGAAGAGGAGAUACUCUCGGAAGAGUAG